CGCCUGCUGCGUUUUUCUAGCUUUGUUUUGACGAAUUGACAUGCCCUUACGACCCUGACUGCUUUGCUUGUGAUGAUCAUUCCUCUUGCGCAUUCCAGAUAUCCCCCGAUCGACUUGCUUUUAGUUUCAACAUCGACAGACAUACCCAGUUUACUUGUUUAACGACAUUUUGAGUUACAAUAUGCCCGCGCACACUCGUGACGGUUCCCGCGACAGGGAACUAGUCAUUAGACAUCAGUCGGUGCCAAUGUGGGACAGUUCGGACCCCGAACGGGCACCCCCUCCGCUACCCAUGAACCCCGUUGCUACCAGCCCUGUAACCAGAGGAAAUGUCUCCCCGGGCAUCCAAGCCGUGGCGGCGAAUUUCCAAGAAAAGAUGCGCGAAAACUCCCCGAGUCCGUAUACGACCAAUCCCAUGCCGCCAAAGUCUCCAGAGAAGUCCCUCAUCAAGGGUCAAUUCCACAGGCGCAUGCAAUCUUUACAGAAUACAGAUGCUCGCAAUGAGUUCCUCAAUUACCUGGAGAGCCGGUCACCAGAACGGCCUCUCCGCGCAUCGACCAUGGACCAGAGCCCCAAACAACACGAAUUAACGCCGACGAACCCCCCUAGCUCAUCAGACUCAAGAGAGAACGAGCAUGAGCCGCCCAAUCUACUCAUUUCCAACCGUUACCUUUCCAGACCAAUUCUCGGCGAAAGUACUCCUCCAUCUGCAACUAUGUUAGCCCUGCAGAAUAUGCAGCUGCCUACCGAGAGUGAACCACAACCGAAGAGUAACGAUGCAGAUCCAUUUAUCGGGCCUCGGCGUCCCGACAAUCACAGCUUUGAGUCGCUGUCGACCCAGAUCCACAGCCUCACAGACAUGACGAGCAAUCUUCAGCGCGAGAUGGCUCAGCUGAGCCGACGAAGCAAGGAUAAUGCUACAGACCUGGUCAGCCUCAAAGCUGCAACUAAUGCCCGAGAUGAAGACAUCCGCAAGAGCCUCCGUGAAUUGUCCUCCAGCCUAGCUGCAAAGUUCCUUGAUCCUGAUGCUGCCACAAGGUGGGACUUCAGUACUAUCCUGGGUUCUGAGAAUGGUAUUAACAACAGGGAAUCGGAUAGUUCUCCGAGUUCGAAGAAAAGCUAUUCGGCGCCACGAAUGUCAAGUCCUAAUCCAUUUGCCGCAGCGAUGGAACGUGAAUUGUGUGGAUCACCUACGCCUGUUUCUGAUGGUUCCGCCAGCAUCGCAUUGCUAGAGAAGGUCCUACGAGAGAUGGCGACGAAAGAAGGCCAAGAAAAACUCCAGGAACUGGUCGAAGAAAUCAAAGCCAUGCCCGCCUCCGAAGCUCCCAGAAAUGAUGAGAUUAUCACCAAGAUGCUUGAAGAGAUUCUCGACCAUGUGAAAGACGACCCAGGGAGCAAGGCCCUGAUACGCUCUCCGGGUGCCGCCGGUGUUCCUCUACAGGGAAAUACCGAUGCUUCCGAUGAGCAUAUGUAUACACCUGACAUGGAGCUCAUGGAUGCUGGAAACGCCCGUGGCCCGGAACGCUCUUUGGUGCUGGCGGAUGGCCAAAUGGCGGACGAGAUGCUCGCGAUCAUGAAAAGAGUGAAAACUAGUGUCAUUGAAGGAGGCGGCAUGACGAACGAAGUCAAAGCUCUCGUACGAGAAUUGCGGGGAGAGGUUUUAGGGAUGGGUCGAAAUCUCGCUCGACAAAUCGAAGAUGUUGAGGCUUCCCGGGCUAUAGAAGACCGGCCGGAUAGACCUACCCACGAGGAGCUGGCUGGUAUGGUCGAAAACAGCCUACAUGAUCUCAGGGGUCAGCUGGCCUCAAUCAUCGACGAGAGCAGACGCCACUCAUCUUCAAUCUCGGAAUUCCGAGCCGCCAUGGAUGGCGCAGAAAUAUACUCCAUUGUCAAGAGGGCUUUGGAUGAACUGGAUCUGUCUUAUCUACGCCCGGAGCCACAGGGUGUGAACAUGGAGAAGGAAGAGAUCCUGGAAACGGUGAGGGAGGCCUGGGAGACUUACAAGCCAGAGAUUGAGUUGCAAAACUUUGGAUUGGAACGUGAAGAGAUCUUGGAGUGCCUGACCGAAGGGCUCAAAGAGUACAAGCCGCAGCACGAGGAGGCCGUUACCUACGACCAAGUCUUGGCAGCGGUCCAGGCCGGAAUGCAUAGUUUCGAGCAACCACCUAGUAUCACAAAGGAUGAGAUUGUCCACACAAUUCACGAGUGCCUUGCCAAUUUCGAACCGCCCGCCCCUCGACCUUUGGAACGCGAACACUUCGACGGCCUCCGGGAUGAGAUUCUGCAGGCUGUCUCAGAGUCCGUUACAUCCCAGAGUGCUCUCACAAGGGAGACUCUGGAGUCUGGACUUGGUCGGGACGAGAUUCUGAGCGCACUUUCGGAAGGGCUUGAAGCGCACUUUGCGACGGCCAAGGAAACAGAGCAUCCACACAUCACCAUAGACGACGUUGCCAACGUAAUCAAUGAAGCAUUCAUUGCACAGCAAUCAGCCGUCAGCACCCAUGUUCAGCCAAGCUUUUCCCGCGAUGACAUUCUUAACGCCAUAGCCGAAGGGAUGGAAAGCCAGAACUCUGUCACGAGAGAGAUCGAACUCAAUAGGGAUGACCUUAUGGAGGCUAUUUCGGCCGGGCUGCAAGAGGCCAACGAGGCAAACCAAAGCGUUGGUGAACAGAUGCUGGAACGUGUUCAAGAGCAACUAGAUGGCAUCAAGGAGGAAAUGGGCCAGCAUUUCUCGGCCAACGAAAGGGACUCGGAGCAGCUGCUUAAUGCUGUCAAGGAUGGGAUCGCUGUUGUACGACAGGAGGUGGAAGGGUACGCUGCGACUGCAUCUGAGGCUUCCGGCAAGCACGAAAUCAUGGACACCGUCAAGGAAGGGUUCCGGCUGUUGCAGGCUGACAUGGAGAAGACAAUCACGGAGACCGCCAUGUCGAACGGCCCUCGUGGUAACCCGGAUACGCCAGAGCUUCUUGAUGCCAUGGAGAAGGAGUUUGAACAUCUGCGCCAAACCAUGAGCUCCUUGCUGAUCCGGAACAACGCACCCAACGAAAAGGACGAAAUCCUUGACGCCAUUCGCGACAUCGCAGAACAGCAAAAGGCCGCGAAGAAUGAUGAGGUGCUUGCAGCCAUUCGUGAAAUUUCGGAAAAGGAAACCAGUACUCCUAGUGAUGAGAUCCUCGCAUCGAUUCGUGAGAUGUUGGAGCAGCACAAGACUAUGGACAACGAGGAAAUCCUGGCUGCUAUUCGCGAAACGUCCGAGCAGCAGAACAACGCAAGUAGCGAUGAAAUUCUUGCUGCUAUUCGUGAACUGUCGGAGAAGCAAAGCAACACACAGAGUGACGAGAUUCUGGCUGCUAUCCGUGAAAUUUCGGAGCAACAGAACAAUGCGUAUAGCGAUGAAAUCCUUGCAGCCAUUCGUGAAAUGUCGGAGCAGCACAAGGCUACGAAUAAUGAUGAAGUGCUUGCUGUUGUGCGCGAUAUGUCGGAACAGCACAAGAGUACCGAAAGUGAUGCAAUACUCGGAGCUAUUCGUGAAAUCUCAGAACAAUACAAGCCUACCAACAUCGACGAUAUUACGAACAUUAUCAAGCAAGAAUUUGAAGACCUUCGUCACUCCAUGAACACGACCCUGGUCCGCGCAGAACCAACUGAGCCCAAGACCGACAAGGAUGAGAUUAUUGCUGCGCUCCACGAAAGCCUGGAGGCCUUCAAGGACGAGAACAACCAGCCCAAGGAGGGUGGCGAUAAUGGGGCUUCUACUGGCGAGCUGAUGGAAGCCUUGAAUGAUGGUGUCGGUACAAUCCGGGAAGACCUGGCAAAACUGCUCGAAAGACCUGUUGAGAUCGACUACUCUGAGCUCCUAGACGAGCUCAAGGAAGGCCUCAGCAGUCUAAAGACAGAUCUUGAGAUGCUGCGACAAGCCCAGAAAGAGAAUGAGGAAUACGAGACAACUCGGGGAGGAGAACUUGUACUUGCACGUGAUUCCAACGCGGGCAAUGAUAUUGAAGGUCUCAAGGCCCUCAUCUCGCAGCUUCAAGUCAAAGUUGAGGCAAUCGAGUCCACUCCUCGGGGUGCGGAGGCCCCGGAGGAUAUGCUGAAAAAAGAGCACCUCGACGAAGUUCUCCUUGGGCUGCACGAACUUCAGAGCUCUGUGACAGGCAUUGUUGCUCGUGAGCAGCCUGUGGAUGAGACGACAGCCAAGAAGGAGGAUACAGACGCCAUUGAAACGUUACUUCAGAACACCAAGGCGCAGCUGGAUGAGAUGACUUUCCCUGCUCCUGAUGAGAUCGCAAGGGCAGAGCAACUUGAAAGUGUGGAAGGUAUCGUCAAGGAGACAAAAGAAGCGAUCUCCGAACUUUGCACUCGGUUCGAAUCGGAGUGCCCCACCAAGUCCGAAAUUGGUACAUUGGAGACUUUGAUGAAGGAUAUGUGGAUCGCACUCGACGAAAUAAAGGGCAAGGGAGCCGAAGAGGAAAAUGAUGCCGAGAAGUUGGUCAAGGCAGACUUGCAGACCGUCGAAGCCAUGAUAUUCGAGGUCAAAACGCAAGUGGAAGAGCUCAAGCUUCCCGACGUCGAGACUUUGCCAACCAAGACCGAGAUCCAAGAUCUUACAGCACUGGUGACCGAGUUCCGCGAGAAGGUCGAUGCAGACAACGAGAUGACAGGGCAAGCAUUCGACGCCCGGAAAGUUGAACAUGCCGGGCUUGCCGAAAAGAUCGGGGAGGCUCGAGCCGUCGUGGAGGGGCUCGGGGACGAACUGAAGAGCAAGCUGGAUGGCAGUAAUGAAGGUCUCACCGAGCUCAAGCAGCUUCUUGAAGGCCUAGCCGCAUCAGCAGAAAGCUUUACAACUGUCGAGAAUGUCAACGAGCUCACGGAGCUGAUCAACCGGGAGUUCGAGCGCGCCCGAGGCGAACAAGAUGCGACCAAGCUCGAGAAGGAAGAGCGGGAUGCUGCUGCCAUGGUCAAGCAUGAUGAGACCAGGGCUGCCAUCAUUGUUGAGUUGGGCUCAAAGAUUGACGAGAAGCUUGGCGAAAUCGUAGCCAAGUACGAGGAGGCACAGUCCGCCAUCGAAACUUCCCUUGAGACCAAAUUCUCAGAGAGCGCAGAUCGUGAUAACGCCCACCUCGAGGCAGUCACUAACACCAAGGCUUUAGCCGAAGACAUCAAGCUUGUCAUUGGAACCAUGGGAAACAGUGUCAACGAGGCUUGUGAGCGUAUGUGCGCGGAUGCUCAAACUUUCUUUGAAAAGGUCGAUGUAUCCUACAACAAGAUGGAAGAGAUGCACAAUGAGGUCAAGACCCAGCAGGAGCAGGCUCGCUCGGAUCUCGAACGCGCGGCAGCUGCCACUGAUCGUGUUGAAAGCCAGCUACACGAGUUCCAUCCCCAGGUGCUCGAGUCUAUCCAUGAGAUUCUUUCCAUCGUAGGGCAGCACUACGACCACGCCCAGCAAUCUGCGCAGGACAUCCGAAUGGAACUUUCUACGAUUCCCUCAGCUAUUACCCCAUUGCUCCCUGCUUUACCGCCGCCGGAGCCCGAGAAAUACGAUGAUACCCAGGUUCAGGAGAAACUCAACGACAUCCUGGAUCGUGCGAAGAACAGUCAAGUUCAAGAAACGCUCAACACCCUCGUCGAACGCGUUACGAAUAAUCAAGUCCACGAGAAACUCGACGAGCUCCUGAGCCAGACUACCAGUACUAAUGGUCAGGUCUAUGAGAAGUUGAGCGAGCUUUUAGAGCAUGCCACCAAUUCCAACGGGCCUGUGCAUGAUAAACUGGAUAUUCUCAUAGACCAUGCAACCAACAAUGACCAGUCAGUCACGCAGAUGAUGAAGCUGGACGAGAUGCACAAGGAUAUCAUGGAUACGUCUCGCAGGAUGAACGAGAUGUUCGCAGCUCAGACCGCCAUGGUGGCCGAAGACAACGAGCGACGACGGAAGGAAGCUGAAGAAGCGGCCAUCGCCUUGGAGAGGAGAAACACACAGCGGGAGCAGGUGGAGGCCGAGAUCAUGACCCUUAAGGAGGAGAAAGAUUCUCUGCUGAAGAUACUCCAGAGCUUGAAAUCCGAAAAGGAUGACCUCGCCAAGCAGAACGCGAAGCUUAACAAGGAAGUCGCUGGGUUGGAGAUGGCACUUGAGCUCCGACAUGAAGAAAUGCAAGUUAUGGAAGAACGGGCCGAUAGCCUUGAAAAACGGAUCUUGGAAGGUGUUCUCGACCACGCUCGCAGUGUUCUCUUGAGCCGGCCGAACAGCGUGAAGAAGGGACGCGGAUCCCGAGCUCGAGGACCCAGCGCUACCAGCACCGCCAGCACCGCCAAGGAGGCCCGCAACUUGCUUUCGAGCAGCGUUGGGUUAGCGUUGAGAAAGCGCGCGCCGACCGGGUCGCAGGCGGGAUCUGUCGCGCCUUCCACCCCCAGCAAGGAACGGCGGAUCUUCAGUCUCAGCAAUGUGACGGGCAAUCGCGGAGCCGGUGACCGGCAAGUGAGUGCUACCAGCGGGUUUGCAAGCCUGAAGCGGAGCCAUUCGGUCCGGUCCAACGCUUCCCAGCGGAAGGCGUCCUGGGGAGGCCGGAGUUCGAUAGCCAACAAGGAAAACGAGGUGUUUGCGGAGGAAGAUGGGGAGGAGAGUGACGCAAGCACGGAGCGGAGGACCAGCUACACGGGAACCUAUGCGGACAGCAUGAUCUAUGGUACCAACAGCAUGGUCUCCGCCGAUCGACGGGUCAGUGCGGCUAGCUCCACCGGGUUGCGUUCCGUCGCGGAUGAACGCGAGGGCUCCGAUGAGGAGGACGCUCAGACGACCAAGGCAGACGAGGCGGAUGAGGACGAGCUGGACCUGGAUGAGGAGGGCUCGAAGAUGGUGCUCUACGGACAGCACAGUGAUAGCGGCCUCGGGCCGGAGGUCACGAGUGCUGCGGCAUGAAUGUCUAGGAGCACGAGGGGUCCUCGGGAGUAGCAGCAUGACCCUCGUUAUGAGUUGAGGGCGAGCAGUGUGAUAGAGAAUGUUCCUUGACAUAGACCACCCGCGCACUUGGCCGAGCUG